UUGACAACAACCCCCGUCCGUCUCUGCACUUAAAUUGUAACCAGAACAGCGAAGCGUUGAAACAGAUACAAAUACAUUGAAAAAAAAAAACAGAGGAUAUUUGACACUGUUAAGCACCUGGAAUUGGAGUGGGAAUUCUCUUGGAAACAAUAUUUAGAGCUAUCCCUCCGGUUUGGCUUGUUUUCCAGACAGCUACACAUCAUGUCCCGCUCAGCGACGUCCAAAUCCCGGGCGGAGAAAUCCCGUACCACCUCUGUGUCUGUUUCCCAGGCUGUUGGUCAAACAGCGCCCCCUGAUGUUGUCCAGGGGCGACUCACCGAGGCCGACUGGGUCACCAUGGUGGCGCAGGAGGAGGGGGAGGAAGCGGUUGCGGAGAUCUUUGAUGUCUUGAUGGCCCGAGUGAUGGAGGAGUGUUACAGAGCCUACCUAAAGAAGCAACUGAUACCCUUCACGGUGAUGCAGGCAAGAGAUGCAAUGGUUCAGAUUGUGGAGUGGCGCUUCCUGGCCCGAGAUAAGGGGGAAGAGUCUGUGCAGUGUGACCCCACCUGGGAGGAAGAUGAGGAGCCCUCGCCGUGUGGCACGGAUUCCUGGGCACAGGGGUCCGUUCCUGUUGUGCACACAGGACUGACACCACGUGGGACAGACAAACAGAAGCUGACUGAGCCUCCUGCUAAAGAGAACACACAACCUAUGCAACACCAGCCAGAAACUGACACACAGCAGGAACAGAGUAAAUCCAGACAGAAAGAAAUCAAGGAUUCGGAUCUGACUCAAAGAAAACAGACCUCUGAGAUCAAAAGGGAGAAAAAAGAACAACCUGCACCCAAAAAAACAAAUCUCCCCCAUAACCCCACUCCACCUCCCAAAGAGCAGAAGGCAAAAAGGAAGUACAAGCCCCACCGUGGGGCUCUGCCGUCGGCCGGCCUACGUAACGUCACCAAACCUCUGGAGCACUCUGAGAGGGAUCUGCUGAUCCAGCAACUCUCCCAAUCUCUCCCCUCUGAGCAAGACUCACCCAAACUGAUCCCUGCUGCCUUUCACAACCUUCUGAAGAUCCAGGCGAGCCGGCCGGCACAGAGUAAUAACAUUACCUACGAUGAGGCCGGCAACGUCACCGCAGUGCGCAGGCUGGAGCCAGCACGGCUACCCAGGCACCUUGUGAGGCCGAGGGUCGAGCUGGUGGACCCUGAGGUGGAGGCCGAGCAAAUAAGGCUAGCAGCUAUCAAAGCUGGGUGGGGUGCGCUGCGCAGGACCGUUCGGGGGAAAGACAAAUCCGAGGCACAGAGAGCCAGAGAAGCUGGGGCGCGACCAGAUCGGACAGUGACCAAAAGCACCAGAAAGCAAAUUUCCCUCUGUGGGUUGGCUGAGCCCCAGGCCUCUAAGUCUUUAUAUAAGGAAGAACGGCAGGUUCCACAUGGCCACUUGUCCACAAUGGCCAGUCUGCUCUUAGAGAGCAUGGAGCUGUCCCCGGGAGUGAUGCUUCGAGAGCCCAAUGGUGCCAGACGAGGUUCGUGGAAAGGGUCCACACAGGAAGGCAGAGAUGACCAAGCAAAUGUUCUGAGGCCCAUCCUCCCCAAUGUGCCUCGACCCUUAAUCUCUGUGGACCAGCUGUUGGAAGGCCACAGUCUUCAAGUGAUCCACACUGUCCCCCGUCAUUCACUUCAGACUCCACUCGUGGGGCGCUAGAAUUGUAUGGAGUUUUUCUGUAUAAUAUUUGGUAAAAUAAAAAUCACAGUUGUUUUUUUCUUAAAGCAUGUACAGUAGAACCAAAAAUAAUAAGUGAUUUAAAAGAGAAAAAUGUAACUGUGUUAGAAGUGUGGUCAGCAGUGUUGGGGUGAUUCACCUGCAUUUGUUGGUAUGUAACUUUUAUAACAUGCUCUCAGCUUUAGAUGCUGAUGUUCGUUUGGUGACUAUUGUCCCUCUGGUCAAACACAUGGAACUCUGUGUCCAACUGUAAUGCAGAAAUGCCCACUGCAUCCUGUUGCAAAAUACAAAAAUAUGCAAUUUUAGGAAGAAGAUAAAGCCAUUAGGCUCAACAUACUUCCUUCUUACAUACAGUACUUUUCUCUUGAACUGUUUAUACACUUAAUGUAAAUGUUAAAUGAUCACAUACAGUAAGUUUAUUACCCUCUCUGUCUUAAUAUUCUUUGCACAACACUGGAGGAAGCAAGUACUCCGGUUCAAGCUCCUGUUAAAUCUGCUAUAAAACAUUUUAUUUGUCUUAGAAAUUUGCCCUUGUCUUGCAUUUGCUUCAAAAUAAAAUCCCAUACAUUUAAUGAUGAGGUCUUUUUACCCUGUUCACAAAAUUUAGAGCGGCAAUGCAAUAGACAUCGAACUGACACAACACAGAUUCAGCAUUGAGUCUGGUUGUGCAGUUUGCUGGGUUUUAACACCUACAGUACAGGAAGUGAGCAUGGACAGGGAGCCAGGUGGUUACCGUUAACUAAUAGUUCUGUGCCAGGCAAAACAGCUUUCAGAGUCAACAUGAAAAUAAAGUCUGGAACAUGAAAAGAUAAAGCUCUAUUGUGAAUGUUGUUAUGCUCAUGAUUGAGAUUUCCAUUACAUGAGAGUAGAUGUUGAACUUCAUGCGUAUUUGAUCUCAGCUCUCAUCAAG